UUAGUAGUUUAUGGACGUAAUAAACAUUGAAACAUUAAAAUAAUAGUUCUGUUUUACAAUUUAUAAAUAGAAACAAAUAAAUAUGGAAUAUAAUUUCUCACAAUUUUUCUGUGGAUCGAAAAGUAGUGUUUCUGUGCAAAUUAAAUUUUCGUAAUAAAAUGUUUUGUAGAGUAAAUUUGUGUUCAUAUAAAAUUGUGCUUGUGCAAUUAAACAUUAUAUAAAUCUAUACAAUAAAAUGAUAAUAAUUAAACGACUGUAAAAUUUUAAUCUGACAACUUCUUACACAUUAACAUUAUAAAUGGGCUCAAGUAGAACUAAAAUGACGCUACUUUUUUUACUUUCAUGACUGAAGAAACCUUCCGCCAUCAUGGUGUACGGUAUAUUCUAAUAUGCAUCGGUGGUUAUGGAGGAGUAAAAAUACGUUCGAAGGAAGAUGUGAAGGCGGUGAAGACGUAUUACGUUUUGUGCCUAUUGUGUUAUUUACAUUUCAUUACGUUUCACAAGUAAAAUAUGUAUUAUUAUCAAAGUGAAUUGCACAAGUUAACACCGAAGUGCUAAAUGAAGUUAAAUAGUGUAAUAAAAAUGUAUGUAUUCUAGUAUAAUAAGCUAAAAAAUUGAUAAAAUCUUGUACAGUUUCUUUUACAUUGUUAAAAAUGUCAACAGAAUAUAGCAGAGGUGUUUUAAGAAUGGUUGUUGCCCAAAUUUGCCAGACAAUUGGAUGGCAUUCUAUUAAUUCUACGCCAUUAGAAUUUAUGGUUGAUCUUAUGCAAGAAUAUAUUUUACGAAUUUCUAAACUUACUCAUCAGUAUGCAGAAAUUUUGGGAAGAACAGAAGCUAAUAUAAAUGAUUUAGGUUUAGCAUUUCGCCAUAUGAACAUUGAUGUGCAAGAAUUGGCCGAGUACAUUAAAAAUGUAGAGUCUGUUCAAUGUUCUAUAGCAGUACCUAAAUUUCCAAUCCGACGAGAAAAUCAUUUGAACUUUCUAAAACCUGGAAGUAGAGAGGUUGUAACAAGACCAGUACAUAUACAUGAACAUUUACCAGCUAUGUAUCCUGGUACUGAAGAAGAGUACGUGGCAGAAAAAUCAGAAAAUUUAGUAAAUGGUACCGCUGAUGUAGCAUCGAACAAUACAACACCAAUCAAUAAUUCUACAAAUGCAUCUCCACACAGAAUGUCACCACAAGUAGUUUUUAAGCGACCAGGCGAUCCUGUUUCAUAUGAAAGUCCUAUAGUGAAGCGUGUAAAAGUAUUAGAAGAAGGCAGACCAUUGCGUGAAAUUCAUAGUGUAAUGAUGACUACUUCUGGUUUUUUAUCACCUGCCCGAGAAGGAAAAUUACCUGAAGCAAGAACACCUCAUCAAACUCGCUCAGAUUCACCACAGCCUAGUUCUUAUCCCAUGGUACCACCCGAACUAAAAUAUGAUAAGAAACCUAAAAAGAUUAUAAAGAAAGGAUUAGAAGACGGUAAAAUCGAUAAAGAGAAUAAAAAGAAAAAUCGUGCUAAAGAAUUAUUUAAACCAGACAAGAUAGAUAACAAUAAAAUUAAAAAAUUAGCUGGUAUGAAAGAAUUAGCUAAAUUAAAACCUUUGAAGCCUGGAGGUGGAAAAGCACAAUGCGCCAUGCCAAGUUCAUCGAGUAGACCAUCAACUCCAAAACUGAUGUCACCUAAAGCUAGUGGUAGUCCAAAAUUGCAAAAAGUUACACAACCAAAGGCAAAAACAGAGAAAGUAAUUGAUCUUGUCGAUGGAUCUACAGCGGUUGAAAGAAAGGAGGAUAACAUUGAUAAAUUACCAUCAGAGCCGGAUAAACAAAAAUUAAAUAUUUUUAAGAAGAUUUCAAAACCACGGGAGGAUAAGGACAAAGACAUAUCAGAGCAACAUAAAUACAAGGAACUCGAUUCAAGGGAAAGUUCGCCAGGUUUAAUAAUAGAUGAAAAUAUUGAUAAGCAAACAAUUAGUAAUGAUAAUGAUGCGAAGAGAGAAGAAAAGAAGACACCUCAUACACCGGAUGUCCACCUUCAACCCGAUGGAGGAGAAUUAACUGAUGUACCAAGUCCAGAAUCUGAUGUGUACAUGUUUGAUGAUAUGUCUCCACCAGGAACUCCGAGUACGCCAAGAACCCCUGAACUAAAUAUGCCCACUACUCCUACAGAUCAUAAGAAAAAGAAAAAAGAAAAGAUCAGUAAAAAGAAGGAGUUAAAAUCAAGAAGUCCGAAACGUUGCGUUAGUCCGAAAAAGACAAAGCUUACCAACGACGUUCCAGAACUGGAUGUAUUAGAUCGGCCAAAAACUCCACAGGCACCUGAACCUCAACUGUCGAAAGAUCCAAGUUUCCCGCUUCCGUUUCCAUUUUUUCCGGCGUUUCCUCCGGCACCUGGUUUAAUACCACAUCCUAUGUUCCCCAGGUUUCCGUUACCUUUAGGAAGAGGUACUACUGGUCCCCAUCCAGCAAUGCCAAAUUUACCUUUACCGCCUCGUUUUCUAAAUUUACCACAAAAAUCAGAAGAUUUGUCAACCUUACCGAAACAUAAAUCUGUUGAACGUGAGAAACCUUCUUCAGCACCUUCGUCUACCGAAGCUAUGCCUUCAGUAACAAAACAUGAAAAAAUAGAGAAAGAAAAAGGAGAUAAACUAAAGGUGGUUAAGCAGGACAAAGAGAUUGUCACACCAGUUCCUACAAAUACUGUUGCACCACCAUUAUCAUCCGCACUUGCAGCACCAAUUACGUAUUCUACACCAGUACCUAUCGUGCCGUUAUUACUUUCAAAAAGUCCCCAAAUUGAAAAACCGGAUAAAAAUGAUAAGAAAUUAAAGGAACAUAAAAAGGAAAAGAAAGAGAAAUUAAAGAAGAAAAAAGAGAAGAAGGAGAAACAUAAGGAGAAAAGUGAAAAAAUAAAAGAAAAGAAAGAUAAGAUAGAUAAAAAAGAAAAAUUAGAUAAAAUUAAAGAAAAGAAGGAAAAGAAAGAUAAGCGAAAAGAAAAAGAGAAGGAAGAUAAGAAUUCAGAAGCUGUGCCAAAAAUAACACUAAAAUUAGGGACAGCUUCUCCAAGACCACCAACGCCUGAUAGUACUCCGAUGAAAAAGAUGGAACUGUGUUAUAGAACUAUAAAAACAUUGCUGAAGAAGCCUGAGGAGGAAACAAAACGAGAACCAAGCCCAGAGUUAGCAAAAAUAUCAGCACUAGUAACGCGACCACCAAAACAAAAGUUGGCAAGUAAGAAAACAGAGGAGGGAACAUUAGAUGGAAGUCCUGUUCUUCCUACAGAUACUUUCUCUGCUAGUCUUACUAGUGUGCCACUUGCAACAGUUCCUCGAGCAAAGAAAUCUCUCUUCAAAGCCUUACCUCCAAGAGAGAUUCCUCACUUUGAUCCUGCUCCCAAACUCCUACCUCCUAUGACGCCACAACAACCACCAUAUUAUUAUGAUCAAGGUGGUACUCAAGUUUGGAUAUGUCCUGCUUGUGGCAACCAGGAUGAUGGAUCUCCUAUGGUUGGUUGUGAUGAUUGCGAUGCCUGGUAUCAUUGGGUAUGCGUUGGUAUGCAAGUGCCACCAGCUGAAAAUGAAGAUUGGUAUUGCCGUUUUUGCAUAGCGAAAAAACAAGAGCUUCAUCACGAUAAGAAGAAGAAAAAGAGGAAGAAAAAGGUGAAAGUUACUGCCUAGUACAAGCUACCCGGGUCUUGUGUAAGAUCCGGCAUAGCGAUUCAAACUGCAACCAAAGUUAAAAAAGACAGCAAGCUCAGUGUAAAGAGUAUAAAAAACAAAAAAUUACCGAAAACAGAAAUGAAAUUACAAAUGAAAUCAUUAAAAGAUAAAUCUGUAUCUACUAAGGGAAAAGCUGGAAAGACUAUCGUGAAAGUUAAGGCUGUAAAGAAGAAAAGUAGAAAGAUAAAAGAUAGUGCAAUUCAGUUGAUUUAAAAAAAGAAAAUGUUACCUUUUGUGAUCGUUAAAAUAGAUUCAGAUAAUUUUAACACGUUGAUAGCUAAUAAAAAGAAAUUUAUACAAAUACUAAACUUGAGUUUCGUAACAUUAUUUUCAAAAAAAAAAAAAAAAAAAAAAACAAAAACACAGUAUCUUUUUCUUCUUUCUUUUUUAUAGUAAAAGAUACAUGGAAAUGAUAUUGUAUUAAUAUCAUUAUAGUAUAAAAUAUUUCCGAACAUGUAGAAAAGGAUUAUGCAAACAAUAAAAUAAAAAUAUUUUUUGUACUUCUGUAUUUAUACUGAAUUUGUUUCAGUAAAUUAUUUAAAAAUUAUUUCAUGGACUUUGUAAAAAGAUUAUAUGAUAGAUAGGCUUAAUUUUAAUAUAUACAUAUAUAUUAAUGUGUAUAUAUUAAUUCAGAAAAAUAUUGUGCCAUAAAUGAUCGAGUUUUAUAGAUUCUUUGUGUAUAUUUAAUAUUAAUUAUAUAUAAUUUAAAAAUUGAAACAAUGUUUGUAGAAAUAAAUAUUAUCAUUGUUCGAGAUAUUUUAUUUUGUAUCAACAUUUAAGUAAGAUAUAUUAUUUGUGGUAACCAAAGCGUAUUGUAUCAUGGAAAUGUUUUAU